CAUCAGUACUACUGCACUGCCUUUAUCUGCUGGCUUUAUGAUGAUGUUUUUGUUUUCUUUUAGGUCCUUAAGGGCUUCAAUUUCAUCUUGGUUGAGAUUGUUUUUGAUUGGGAGUGGCUGGAAAUUGUUUUCAAAAUAAUUAAUGUCAGCUUGGAUGAGGUCAGUGAUAUCUGGUGGCAAUUUAGAGAGGGGGGGGCUCCAAUCAGAUUUUUGGGUAAAGGGGGUGAAAAUUACAUCUUUUUUGUUUUGAAAAUAAACAUGGAGUUUGAUUCUCCUAUGAUAUUGCUGCAGGUCCCAUCUGCUUUGCUCAAUGAUGUUGCUCUGGCUCCCCCUAGUGGGGAUGAAAGAGAGGCCCCUGUCCAGGAGAGUGAACUGGGCCUGGGUUAAUUUGAAUGUCUGUGAUAACACCAGUACAUUUUUUGACCCCCUCCUGAGAGUGCAGGCUUAUGGGGAUGAGCAUUUUAAAUACCCCGUCCAGUGUUCAAACAUGUGUUUGGCGGUGGCUUUUGUCCAAUGUAUGUUAUCUGCCCCAGUUUCAAAAGAUUUGGAGGGCAGUCUGGGGAUGAAGAGGCAGUUUUUUUGAAUAUGUGCGUUCAGGUGGACCAGGCAGGACUGCUCUUUGAGGGGUAAGUGACGGGAAUAAUUGAUUAAAGGCACCCAAACGGCCGCUUGGGGGAAUUUAGCUUCAGCUGCCUCCACUGUGGCUAAUAGCUGCUGUGUCAGGAUUGUUUUGGAUGCAGCGUUUCUGUUGUUUAUACCAAAAGAGAGGACCAAUUUCUCUAAUUUGGUGGAGGUGGUGGCCUUAUCAAUUAGCGUUUUAGCAUGUGCUAAUGUCGCUCCUGGGUAGCUGUCAAUUUGUAGGUUGGUGCUUUCAAAUGGAGGCAUUUUGGCCAAGUUAGAGUCUCCAAUGAAGGCCCACUCUUUGCCAAUGCUGAGGCCCCAAUCCUGUAUUUUAUUCUGUGUGUUAAUGUGUUUUGUAGGUCUCCUGGUGUUGGGCAUAGGCGCUGGGGUCGGCGCUGUCGGUCUAGGCCGCAGCGUGAGUCUGCUCUGGGUUGCUCUUCUAAGGCUCCUGAAUUUAACAGGAGUGGACUGAGCGGUGGAGGCCUCACAAGGGCCUUUAUGGGGCUCUCCCCGAUCCCCGUCACCUGAGAGGCAGGUGAUGGAGUCUGGGCUGUGGACCACACACGGGUUUAAAGGAGCAACUGUCGGUGUCAGCGCGACUGUUAGCGCUGGGGAGGCUGCUGGCACCGGAGCGGCCAACUGCCCCGGAGCAGCCGCCGGCGCUGGAGCGGCAAGCUGCACCGGAGCAGCCUCCGGCCCCGGAGCAGCCCCCGGCACCGGAGCGGCCUCCGACAUCGGAGCAGCCUCCGGCACCGGAGCGGCCAGCCGUACAGGAGCAGCAGCCACCGAGGGAGCAGCCGUCGUCGCCGGAGGAGGAUUUUCAGGUGGCGGAGCUGUGGCAGGGGGUGGUGGCGGGCAGUCAGGCUUACCCCCAUCCGUGUCUGGGUCGAGCUGCACGACCAUGAGGGCCUCCACCUGCUCCAGGGUCUCAGCCUGGAGUCUCCUACCCAGGUGUCUUUUUGCCCAGGUGGAGGCCACUUGAAAGGGGGCAGGCCAAUCACGUUUGGGCAAUGCAGAUAAGGUGUUAAACUCCUUAUCAAUGGAGUCAAUGUAGUGAUCCCUGAGAAUAAGGAUUGUUGUAUAUUCCCAGUUUUUGGCAUUGCUCUCAAUGAGGAGACGGGCCCCCUCACUGGGGCUGGCCGGUUUAAUUGUGGUGGCCAAAUUAGUUGUUAAUUUAUGGAUUGCUGGGGGGGGCUUAUCGGUCGAAACAUUUUUCAGGUGGUGGGCCAAUGUAAUGAUUUUUUUCAUUAUCCUGGCCUUAAUUCCAAAAUCAGGGUCAUCAGACUGUUGUCUGUUUCCAUUCCUGUUUCUCUCCCUCUUUUCCCCAUGUGUGUUGCUUGUAUUCCUCCCUGUGUUGCCUGUGUUUCUCCCUGUUCCCCCUGUAUUUCUCCCUGUGUUAUCUGUGUUUCUCCCUGUGUUCCAUGUGUUUCUCCCUGUGUAUCCUGUAUUUCUCCCUGUGUUCCAUGUAUUUCUUCCUGUGUUUCCUGUAUUUCUCCCUGUGUUCCAUGUGUUUCUCCCUGUGUUUCCUGUAUUUCUCCCUGUGUUCCCUGUGUUUCUCCCUGAAUUCCAUGUGUUUCUCCCUGUGUUCCAUGUGUUUCUCCCUGUGUUCCAUGUUGUGUUGUGUCUUGCAGGUUGGUUGUACGGGGCCCUGCGGCUUCCCGGAUUUUCAAAAAAUUGUGGCCUAUGGCCAUGCUCCGUGGAACGGUAGCGUUGUGGGUAGUCGUCCCUCCGUCCAUGUCCUCUGACAACAGAGGCAUAGCUGGGACGCUGCCCUGUGGCCUGGUAGCGUUGGCGGGAGCGGUACUGGGCUGAGCGGGGUCUGGGCCUUCCCCCCGGGGGCUGCCUGUAGCGGUCACGCCGGUAGGACACCACCGUCCAACCCUCUUCCCCGUUCUCACCACGCAUUAUAGGCCGUGGGAAAAUAAAAAACAAAAAAAUAAUAAAAGAAAUUAUAUGUGAAUGAAAUUUGAACAAGCUUUGAACGACGUUUCGGUCUAAAGAUAGACCUUCUUCAGGUUAGCUUGUUCUGUGGUUGUGAAAGUGUUGUAGAGUGAGUGUUCUCUGUCUCUAUUCUUCCAUGUAGUGUGCUCGAGCUGUGAGAAGCA